CAGGAAGCCGAGCAGGAAGCGAGCCCGGCGGCCGCGUUUUCCUGGGGAAGCGGCGGGCGGGGUGGAGCAGCCAGCGGGCCCGGGAGCCGCCGCCGCCUGGAUGGGGUGUUGAGCAGUCUCCUCUAGAGCUUUGGAAGCUGAAUGGACUGAACAUGAAGAGCUUGAAAGCCAAGUUCAGAAAGAGCGACACCAAUGAGUGGAACAAGAACGAUGACCGGCUGCUGCAGGCCGUGGAGAACGGAGAUGCGGAGAAGGUGGCCUCGCUGCUGGGCAAGAAGGGGGCCAGUGCCACCAAACAGGACGGCGAGGGCAAGACCGCCUUUCAUCUCGCUGCUACAAAAGGACACGUGGAAUGUCUCAGGGUCAUGAUUACGCACGGCGUGGAUGUGACAGCCCAAGAUACUGCCGGACACAGCGCUCUGCACCUCGCAGCCAAGCACAGCCACCACGAGUGCAUCCGGAAGCUCCUUCAGUCUAAAUGCCCGGCCGAAAACAUUGACAGCUCUGGGAAAACAGCUUUACAUUACGCAGCGGCGCAGGGCUGCCUUCAAGCUGUGCAGGUUCUUUGCGAGCACAAGAGCCCCGUAAACCUCAAGGAUUUGGAUGGGAAUAUACCCCUGCUUCUUGCAGUGCAAAAUGGCCACAGUGAGGUCUGUCGCUUUCUUCUGGAUCAUGGAGCAGAUGUAAAUUCCAGGGACAAAAAUGGAAGAACUGCUCUGAUGGUGGCCUGUGAGAUCGGCAGCUCUAAUGUCGUGGAGGCCUUAAUUAAAAAGGGUGCAGACCUAACCCUUGUAGAUUCUCUCGGACACAAUGCCUUACAUUAUUCCAAACUCUCAGAAAAUGCAGGAAUUCAAAGCCUUCUGUUAUCAAAAAUCUCUCAGGAUGCUGAUUUAAAGACACCAACAAAACCAAAGCAGCAUGACCAAGUGUCUAAAAUAAGCUCAGAAAGAAGUGGAACUCCAAAAAAACGCAAAGCUCCACCACCUCCUAUGAGUCCUGCCCAGUUGAGUGAUGUGUCUUCCCCGAGGUCAAUAACUUCAACACCAAUUUCAGGAAAGGAAUCAGCAUUUUUCGCUGAACCACCCUUCCAGGCCGAGAUCAGCUCCAUACGGGAAAACAAAGACAGACUGAGUGACAGCACUGCAGGAGCUGAUAGCUUAUUGGACAUCAGUUCGGAAGCUGACCAACCAGAUAUUCUUGUCCUAUUACAAGCCAAAGUUGCAUCUCUAACUUUACACAAUAAGGAAUUACAAGAUAAGUUGCAGGCCAAAACCCCCAAAGAGGCAGAAGCGGACCUGAGCUUUGACUCUUUCCAUUCCACUCACACUGACUUGGCCCCGUCUCUCGGGAAACCUCGGGAACCCUCUCCCCCCAACUCCAGAUCCCCUCCCCCGGCCUUUGCACAUUCCCCGAGCCGGCCCCCAGCCGACGGCGAGGCCAGCACCCAGCAGCUCCAGGAGGCGUUGGGGGACCUGCGGAAGAGGCUGGAGCGCUCCGAGGCCGAGCGGCGGCAGCUGCAGGCCGAGCUCCAGGCCCGGAGGCCGGAGCCCGUGCGCUUGAACGACACCGAGGUUUCCGAGAACGGCUCCGACCUCAGCCAGAAGCUGAAGGAAACGCAGAGCAAGUACGAGGAGGCGAUGAAAGAAGUCCUGAGCGUGCAGAAGCAGAUGAAGCUGGGCCUCGUGGCGCCCGAGGGCGUGGAUGCUUACUCCCACCUCGGGGCGCUGAGGGUCCCCGAGGAGGAGAUGCGGGCGCUGAAGCAGGAUCUCCAGGACGCCCUGGAAGAAAGCGAGAGGAACAAGGAGAGAGUGAGAGCGUUAGAGGAGAAGCUGGCCGAGAGGGAGCAGGGGGGCGGGAACCAGCCGCCUGUGGAAGAGAGCGAGGAAGUGAGAAGCUCCUGUGGCUCCGUUAUUGAGACCAUGAAUAAGGAGAAAGCGUUUCUGCUCGAGCGAUACCGGGAGGCCCAAGAAGAGAUCUCGCAGUUGAAAGAUGCUCUGAAAAGUCAGAUGGCGCAGGAGCCGGGCGAUGACGCCGGGGACAUGAAGGAGGCCAUGAACAGGAUGAUCGAUGAGCUCAACAAGCAGGUGAGCGAGCUGUCCCAGCUGUACAAGGAGGCGCAGGCCGAGCUGGAGGACUACCGCAAGAGGAAGUCCCUGGAGGACGUCUCCGCCGAGUACGUCCACCGCGCGGAGCACGAGCAGCUGAUGCAGGCGGCCCGGCUGGCCAGGGCGCAGGCGGAGGAGGCGCUGGCCGAGGCGAAGGCCCAGCAUGCCAAGGCGCUGGGCGAGCUGACGCAGCUCAGGCAGCUGGCCGACGCCCAGAAGGAGAACUCGGUGUCCAUCACGGAGCACCUGCAGGUGAUCACCACGCUGCGCACGGCCGCCAAGGAGAUGGAGGGCAGGCUCGGCGGUCUCCAGGAGCUCCUGGCCGGCAGGGAGGUGGAGGUGGCCAGACUGGAGAAGCAGCUGGUGGAAGAGAAGGCGGCGCUGGCCGAGGCCAUGGUGCCCAGGCCCGCCUACGAGAAGCUCCAGGCGUCCCUGGAGAGUGAGGUGAGCGCGUGGGCCUCGAAACUGAAGGAUGCCGUGAGAGAGAGAGAGAGGGCCCAGUCAGAGGCUGCCCAGCUUCGAAGUGAGGCCUCACAGCUGAAGAGGGAAAAGGAAACGCUGCAGACUCUCUUGAGAUCCAAAGAGCACGAAGCCGGUGAGCUUGUGCAGAAGCUGCAGCGUGCGCAGGAGGAGCUGGCGGAGCUGCGGCGGCACUCGGAGAGCUCGUCCAGGCUGGAGGAGGACAAGGACAGGAAGAUCAACGAGAUGUCAAAGGAAGUCACCAAGCUGAAGGAGGCCCUGAACAGCCUCUCGCAGCUGUCCUACUCGGCCAGCUCCUCCAAGAGGCAGAGCCAGCAGCUGGACGGGCUGCAGCAGCAGGUCAAGCAGCUCCAGACCCAGCUGGCUGAGUGCAAGAAGCAACACCAGGAGGUCAUAUCGGUGUACAGGAUGCAUCUUCUGUAUGCUGUGCAGGGCCAGAUGGAUGAAGAUGUCCAGAAAGUUCUGAAGCAGAUCCUUACCAUGUGUAAGACCCAGGCCCAGAAGAAGUAGAGCGGGUUCCUCGGCGGGACGCUGCCCCUCGCCGUCCGUCUCGGGGUUGGAUCGGAGUUGUUGGCGACCACUGCCGUUGUUCUCGCUCGUGGUGUGCACCGUGACCUAGCCUGGCUUCCUCCCUCCCGAGGCUGCUUCUGGGGGACCGGCCCGGGAGAAGACUGCCCCCUCAGAACCGCGGAGAGACUGGACAGCGGCAGAGGUGAAAGGCGCUGUCAUCGCUGCUGAUGCCCGAGCUGGGGCCGGCCGUGCCCGGUGCCUGGCCCGGGUGCUGGGACCCGGGCACCGUCCUGCGUGCCCGACCGGCUCCGUCACCCCUGAGCGAUACGUGGACACCCCCGCGCAGUAAACGCCGCCAGGGCUCCUCCACGCUGGCUGUGCCGUGCAGCACCGGGGAGCCCCCCUCCUGCCUCUGGUUUCCAAUCCGCAAACAUGGUUUGACUUCCAGCCACAUGAGUGCAGCGCUGGGUACGCGGUGCCCGCCUGGGACCCUGGACCUCUGUCCUGUGGAUUUGAAAACUCUAAUUCCGUCCUCCCCCCACCACCACCACCACCCCGUCUGCCUUAGGUGGCUCGUCACCGGCUGGUCAGUCCGAGCCUGAUGAGCGCCGUUCACUAAAACAUGAAGCCCAGACACAGAAGCAAACUGCCCUUAGAAAGCGUUUCGGUAAAUCGUGGCCGUCCCGCAAACCCUCUAUGCAAACCCGCCUUCUGCCGUUAGCCGCGAAGCUCAGGAAAGCCAGCCGUUCGUGUUUCGACGAGGGACAGUAAACUGCGUGUUUACAGCCAAAAGAAAUGCCUCAUCGUUCUUAACCUCAAUUUUUUAAAAGUGUUUUUCUUUCCUCUCUACAAUAUUUUUAUUGGCUCUUAAAGAUGUUUUCCUAUCGAAACCCCUUGCGUAAGGGAAAUUCACAUUAGACUAUAUUAACAAAAUAUUUUUUAGGUAACCAUGCGUAAGACUUUUUAGAAAUAGGACUUUUUCCUCAAAGUUGUCAGCGAUAGCAAAAGGCAGUUGUAUAUUCCACACUCGGCGUGAGCUGCCAGACCCCUCAGAACUGAGCCGUCUCUUACAGAGCGAACCCUCCUGGUGCCCAAUGAACACUUGUGAACGCCCCGGCUCUGCCAGCGCCCCGAAAGGCUCUCUGGAAGAACUGUUGGUCACCGUCCGUGUGCCACCUGUGAGACAGGGACCCCGAGAGGGUAACCAUCAGGGUGCAUAGCCAAGGUCUUUGGGGGGAAAUAGGUCUGUUCCCUUUCUUUACUUUCAGGUUAAAAAAAAAAAAAAAAAGUGUUUCUAACUUGCUUGCGACUUCCCUGCCAGCAUGGCUCUUCCUGCGGGAUGUAAACAGAAAACAGAACCCUGCCAAGAGUGUCCUUAAAAGUGCAGGCCUGCUCCGACAGGGCCCCGACACGGGGCCGCCUGGGCCGGGCCGAGGGAGCUGGGCCGCGCUGGGUGCCGACCGAUGACAGCAAAGCAGAAACGGCCUCCCAGCUCCGGGUUCCUUUCCUGCGUUGUUUAUAGUUCAGCAGUUCCAAAUAUGCUGCAAAGCAACGUGAAAGGACUUUCCGUCAGAGCACUUAAGGAAACACAGAACACACACGCACACACAAACACACACACACACACACACACACACACCCGCACACACACCCGUGAGGCUUGAGACUGUGGGAUGCUUGACAAGCGCAGCCUUCUAUCGCGUCAGGAUGCGUGUUUAUUACCAGCACUCUGGCUAACUGUGGGAACGCCGGACGCCGUGGGUUAGCACGCUGCCUUUGUAAUGUACUGCAGGUUUGACGGAAAUAAACUUUGGUUCCAUUUUG